AGGCAGGGCCCGUCUUAAAAACUCUAAAUUCUCUUGACAGCUUUCCCGCCUUUUCUAGAAUCUCUUAAAAUACCUCUCUGAAGAGACAUUUUAAAAUCCAAAGAGGUUUGCCAGGAGAACGGCAAAAGCAAACGUUUAAAUUCUUCGCCUUCUACUCAGGCUUCGGGGCAGACAGCCAUAAUUGACAGUUGCUAAGGCCCGGGGGCCCUUAAGUUUCUAUGGCGACGAUCUGGCGUCCAUGGCGAAGUCCCUUGACCUCGUAGCGGGAAGAGGGAAUUUUGCAGUGUUUUUGGCUGGUUUUUACUUGACUUGAUGGGUGGAAGCUGACGCUGCCCCUGCGAAGCCGUGGACUGUGGUGGUAACUGGGAGUGGAAACAUUUGAGUAAAAGAAUAAUAGUUGUUAUUCACCAUGUCUCAUAGUAAAAAGUCUGUUUCAUUUCCGCCAGUCCUGCCCUCAACUUCUGAGGGAAAAGAAGUUAUGGAAUUGAAGACCACCCACCACAAGGAGAUAGUGACCUCUGAAAUGGACGAUACAUCCAAGGCGCUAGUCUGCUCCGAUGAAACCCCGCUCCAGUGCGAUUUCAUCCCAGAGGAAAUUAUUUUGUCUUUGACCAAUACAGCCUAUGCUGCCAGUUGCCCUGAAGCCUUACUACCCCGUAAGAAAGUCAAAACUGACAAAGAAAUGAAGCUCGGCAUGCGCCCCACCAGCAAUGUUUGGCACCACCCCUGCCGAAGAGACAAGUUUCGGUACCUGACGGAUCACCCCAUCUCCUUCACGGGAGCUGGAAGGGAUGUUUCUUUUUUGUAUGAUGUUAAGGCUGAAAAACUAGCAGAUUCGUGGCUUCCAACCCUGGUAAAAGAGAUUACCUCCGCAGAAGAGCCACCACGUAUGGGUUUGUCUAUACCUGACUCAUCACCAAGGAAAUUAACAGAUACUGUGAUCCCUGAAGAAUUUCACAUUGCAUCCAACACAGGAGUUGAAGGUCUACAGUAUUAUGAUGAUAAAUACACAACCCUGCUCACGGACAGUCAGAAUAGGCUGCUACUUUUCCCAUCCAUGAAACCAAAUAAGAGAAUUGAAGUGAUACAGCUGAAGAAAGUGAUGGAUACGAUGCUAGAGAAGGCUGGUGUAGAUGCUGAAAAAUCAGUAAACGCAACUCAGAUGCACAAAAUUCUUGAAGUGCUGAAGACUGAGCAGAACAUUUACAAUACGGUAUUUCAUGAAAUCAUUCGACAAAUCAGUGUGGAGUGCUCAGACAGAGGAGAACUUUUGUCUAAUAUAAGGCAGAGGUAUGUGAAUUUGCUUGAGAAAAUAGCUCAGCAGAUGAUUGAUUUUUACAAAGACAUGGUGGCCCAACGUAUAAUGGACAAGCGCAUCAUAGAAGAAUUGUAUAAUUUUAAAAAGGUUGUUGAAGAGCUGAGCAGAGAGCUAGUUCUAGUUCGAGAAUAUGAUUUAAAGUUGAGGAGAAAAGCAGAGUCCAUCCAUGAGGAGUUGAGGUUAGCUCUUCAUAAUGCCGAGAAGAAUGCCAGAAUUGUGGAGCAAUAUCAUGACUUAUAUACAUCACAAAGAAUAAGGAUGGAAACCGACAUUAAGCAGUUAACUUCAGAAAGAGACCUCUGGAAUUCAGCCAGCUAUGACUUGGCCAUAAAGGUCAUUGAUAGAAACAAUAUCACACUGGCCAGAAGACUUUAUCUUAAUGAAAAGGCUUGGAAUAAGUAUGUCACACAUUUCAUUGUUCUGCUGGCUUCCCAGGAUGCAAAAGAUCUUUCACAAUUGCAGAAAGCUACACAUCAAUGGAGAAACAUUUUUAGAAAUUUCAAAUAUGAGCUGGAGCAAAAUGAAGAUUACAUCAGAGGCAGGAUGAAUUUUAUGAAGAACACCCUCACCAAAAUGCAGACGGUCCUUGAGAAAAAUAUGGUAGAUGGUGAAUUAACUCCUAUCAAGGAAUCUGUCAUGAAGACAAUAUGUGCCGAUUUCAAGAAAUGUAACCAAAUAUUGAUAGAAACUUCUGACUUCUAUGGUGGAGACAGACUAGUUGAAAAGAUCGAGAACCUCAGGAUUGCUCAGCGUCUACAAAUAUCCUGGACAGAAUUUGCAAAAGCAAUAAUGAAUCGUCACAAAAGUAUAGAUGGAAACCUUCCCUCACAAGGUCUCUUAGACGAGAUUAAUGACAGUGGAUCAAGACUCUACAGAGAAUAUGAAUUAAGAGUGAAUGGAGGAGAAAAUGGUUUUAAUAAGCUUUUUCACGGUUUAAAUUCUACUUUUGAAACGUGGAUGCUCAAGAUGGAAAGUGACCAUCCAGCUACUUCAAUGUAUCAGGAUGACUGGAAGAUACUUUAUUUAAAAAUUCCUGAAUUGAUUAGUUACGUGGAUGGGAUGUUAGAUAUUGUUGGUUAUAUUCCAAUGACUGAAGAUCAGAUAAAGAGUAAUUAUGCCCCGGUAGCCCAAGCUAAUGUGUUUCAUUUGAUACAACAAUGGAUUUUGACCUUAUCUAACGGGACUGACAAGGACAACUGUGGGCUUCAUCACCAAGUGAAUGAACUCCAUAUAUCCAUGAUUAAGUGGAUGGUAAAUUUGUUGAUUUUAAUGGUACCUGACUAUUCUGAUGAGUAUAGUCUCCCAAAGACUGAACAGGAUCUCACUGAGGAGGAAAUUCAUCGUCAUACAGGCAUUGCUAUGUUGGAGAUAGAAGGCAUAUCACUGGCAAAAAUGUUGAGCCGAUUCUCAAUCUAUAUAUUCAGUUGUUGCAAAGGUACACUGGCAUCAAUGAGUACCAAGAAAACAACUGUCUCAUAUCCAGAUCCUGCUAAGGAAAUUAUGAAUCUAUCAAAGAUCAAGAAAGAAUGCAUCGACUGGAUUGCUACAUGCAAUAUCCUUCUUUCUAAGUUGAAAGGAAGAAAAGUCACUUUGUUAACAAAUGAAGAUGCCAAAAACCUGGGUGACUACGAGCUAAUCAUAGACAGUAAGACCUAUGAUGUCAGCGGAUGGGAAAAAACUUUUGGGGAGAUGGCACAGCAAUAUUUGGAUGAAAACUUUACGGUGCGGGAAGAGACUCCAAGACGAAUCUCACAUUUAAGGAUAAAGAAAGAAACUGAGCCUCGGAGAGUCAGUAACUGGUGGAAGAGUACUGUCGAGAUGGCGCAACGUUAUACAGACGAGAAAAAAGUGCCGGAAGCGUUUCGAAAACUAAGUUUACAAAGGGAGCGUGAGCUUUCUGUAGCUCCAAAGGAAAAAGUUAUUUGGUAUGUUGGAAAAGAUCAAAAUAUCCAUUCCAGAUCUCUGACAAUAGAAAAAUUAACACCUACAGAGGAAGAAUUGACUGCCCUCGAGAAAUUCACCAACAACGAAAAGGAAAGAUAUGAAUCCCUACAACUGAUUGAAAAUCUAAAAAUUAAACUUCUAGACACAGAAGUUCGUGUCCAACAGGCAGAAGAGAAAUUUGAAGAAAUCAGUGAGAAGCUGACUGAAGCCCUUGCCAAAAACCGUCACCUGCAGAAGGAGCUGGAAAAAACAAAUGAAUCUUUAAAGGCUUUCAUGGCUAAAGAAACACCCAAAGAUGAAGCUGAGGGAAAAGAUGAGGCUAAGGAUAAAGAUCAAGAUCAAGAACAAGAUAAGACUAAAACUGAGGAUGAGGUUGAGGAAGAGGAAGAGGACAAAAAACCAGGACCCUCUGAAAAGAAAGUGUCUAUACGUGAGUCACCAAGUACACCAAGUAAAGACAAGGACCACCAUCCUCCAAGUAAAUCUCUUACCAAACCAUCGUCCAGAUCCAAACGCUAGUGAUAAUUUACUUCUACAAAGAUGUUUCAUUUGUUUUUAUUGUCACUUAUUAUGUUCAUUGAAUUCAUUUACAACAAUCCCAUCACAAGACACCAUACUCCCAUUCAACAGUACUCCUAAGGAAGCCAGCUUGAAUUCUUUUUUGCUUUUUAAAGUCAUAGUGACUGUUGCAGUGAAUCAGUGCAAUACCUUAGUGUACAGAGAGACCCCAAAUUAAACAAGAAUUGUGCAAAA